AUGGCGCUUCCUCCCAAGUUUGCAGGGCACCGCCUUACCUUCGACACACUCUCUCCGUCCGGGGCCAGUGCCAAACCCCUCCACACACUUGAGAUCUUUCUUGACUACACCUGCCCCUUCUCAGCCAAUCUCAUCACUCGCGCUCUCCGAACAGAGAUCUUCCGCACUCUGACCUCGGUGGUCAUCCCACACAUCCGUGCAACCCCCUCGCUGUCCUCGUCCCUUCAGCUCAUCUUCCGCCAUCAAAUCCAGCCCUGGCACCCGACCUCAACCCUCGCUCACGAAGCUGCACUAGCCGUGCUGCGCCUGACUGACGGCGAUCCAGACAAGUUCUGGGCUUUCUCAGCGGCGCUAUUCGAUGCACAAAAGACCUUGUUCGACGAGGCUGUCGUGGAUGAGACGCGCAACCAGACGUACCGGCGUUUGGCAAAACUCGCAGCCGAGACGGUCGGCGUGAACGAGGAGCAGGUGUAUAAGCUGCUGGAGAUCAAAAAAGGGGAAGGGGAGCCGCGGAACGUGGGAAAUGGGGUAACAGUUGAUGUCAAGUUUGUUGUUAAGAUGGCGAGAUUGGUGAGCGUGCAUGUGUCUCCGACGGUGCUGUUUGAUGGGGUUGUGCAGGGAGAUAUUAGCAGCUCGUGGACUGGGGAGCAGUGGAAGGAGUGGUUGGAAAAGAACAUUGUCUGA